UUUCUCAUAUUUAUUUUUACUGCUAUUUUUUUUUUUCUCUAUUACCCUUUCUUCUUUUUCCUUUUGUAUUUAUUGUACCUAUUUGUUUGCGACCAGGCAAUGGUGAUUGUGGAGCUGUUAUGAAGUUUGGCAAACAACUUGAAACCGAAGCCGAGGAUAUUCCGACAGAGUGGCGUCCUUACUUGAUUCAAUACAAGGCAUUGAAGAAAACAAUUGCCAAGGUAGCAGAAGAGAUUGAAAAGCGAGGGCUGUCUGCUUCUGUAUUGCAUGCAAGCCUUGGAGCCGAGAAAAAUGGAAAGGAUAACAGUAUACCCCGUGUCAAGUACUAUUUCACUGGUGAACCUCCCAAUGUGCGUCCUUGCAUUCAGUUCAACUAUGACUAUUCGCAACCGCAAGUCCAACAGUUGUUUGAGCGCCUGAUUCAUGGGAACAGUUCAACCCGUGGCGGUGACGGUCUGGAUGGGACGCUCGAAUACCGGCGGAGCUACGACAACAGCGAUUUUUUCACGUUACACAGUGGCACGCAAAAGCAUGAUAAUGCCCACACGAUGAAUGCUUCGCUCCAAAUUUCACAGCUACCAAUGGUCGACAAAGACGAUAGCAAAGAUAAGGACGAUGGCAAAAUGUCACCUGUGAAUGAGGAAUCAGAGGACAGUAGCAAGACAUUCCUCUCAGCAACCACCAUGCGAAAAAGACGAAACACCGCGGCUGCGCUCCUUCGCGAACUAAUGGAUACGAGUUUGGCCGAGAAGCGUGCAGUGGAAGCUUCAGUGGAUAUUCCAUCCGAUUUGAUGGAGAGUACAUCAGCGGGACCUUCAUUGGUAAUUGAUGCUUCCUCAGACAGCGAUACGAUCGCAUCAACCGAUGAAACUGUGUCCGUUGCUCCGGAGAUCCGAAGUCUGGUGAUUGAACUCGAACACGAUGAUGAAUUUUUCCACAUGUUGAUGACCGAGUUGCAAGAAGCUGCCAAAUUACAAAGCGCAACGUCCCAGCAGUUUGAACGCGACGUGAUCGAUUUUGAAACACGCAUGGUCACCCUGGCCAAACCAGACCAGCGAGACGACAUGUAUACUUGGCGAGAAAUUUUUUGCAUCUACAUUGAUGCGCAAAUCUUUCAAGGCCAAGUGGAAGCCGAUCGUACCAUGCGAUCGGUGGAGAAGUCGAAAGCGCAAUUGCAAUGGUUCAUGAAUCAAAUGCAGGGAAAGAACUUGACUUCCAAACUGAAAAGCAAGCCUUCCCAAUCCGCUUUCCAACAGUUCCUUGCACUGAAUACCGAAUUGAUCACCAUGAAACAUUAUCAAAUACUCAAUCGCACCGCCAUGACCAAGAUCCUCAAAAAGCACGAUAAACGAAGUGGCUUAACUGCCAGCACCACUUUUCCCAGUUUUGUUCGCGCUGACAAGUUCUUUAGUCCUGCAAUGGCAAGGAUGCUAUGUGCCACUAUCAUUGAAAAAGUAACAGCCAUUAUACCGCAACCCGACGACUAUUCAUGUCCCAUCUGCAUGGCUGUCGCCUGGCGACCUAUUCGAUUGGCUUGCAACCACGUGUUUUGCGUGCGAUGCCUCAUCAAGGCGCAAAGGAAGCAUAUGGACAGUUGUCCUUUAUGCCGAUAUCCCAAUGCGGUCCGUUCGGCGAGCGCCAUGAAUCUUGACGAGUCGAUGCAAAACUUCUUGAAAACGUACUUUCCGAGAGAAAUCAAGCAAAAGAAAAAGGAUAAUGAACGUGAGCAAGCCAUUGAAGAUAUCCAAACCUUCACUGGUCGCGCUUACACGGAGGAACAACUCAUGCGCAUGAACCGACAACAUGAACAAAACAAGUGCCUGAUCAUGUAAAUACAUAUAUACAAACCCAUUCAUCUUUAUUUAAUACCUUCAGCGAAUUAGAUGCAUCCUGUAAUAAACAUAAAAAGUUUUGGAUAAUUACAUCGUCAUAAACAAUCCUCAGUCAUAGUUGACUACUGUAUCUAUCAGUCAUGCCGUGCUGUGACUUGUGUCAUUACUACCUUGUGGUUUCUUUUUCUAAUUGAGAAAAUAUUGUACUUUCUGCCAACAUUGCUUCUGUUCGGAAGAUUUUUCUCGAACAUCGCCAGUUGCAACUUGAAUUUUCCAAAGAUGAUUUUAAAAUAAAUGCUGGAUUGUUUGCAAGGAUGGUUGCGAGGAUGGUCGUAAUGCUUGUAGUGAUGGUUGUGGAUAUGGAUAUGGAUAUGGAU